AGGAACGGUGUGCGGAAGUUCAUAACUUGUCACCAUCAUUUACUAGUCAUUGUCACUCAUGGCAGACGCUGCUACCGGCGUUUCCGAGAAUCUUACCGAUUCUGAACUUACGAAUGGAUCUUCGGAUUCGAAUACUAGUGGCUCCGGGCUUUUGUCCAGAAAGGGUCUUUUUGGGAAAUCUGGAGUUCUGAACCUGGAAGCAAACAUCUCUUCUGAAAAGGAUGCCUUGAAGCCAGAGACUGAUAAGACCAACGGAGAUGGGAAUGACGAAGCAAACACUUCGGGCUCUGGAGCUGAAAUGCUGGGUAUCGAUUUGUCAUCUCAAGAGAAGGAAGAAAGGGAAGAAACCGCAGCUAAGCUUGUGGAAAAUGAUGCGGAGAUGGAACAGGGAGAGUCAGGGUUGCAACUGGAUGCAGAGCCUGCUGAUGUAGACAUGGCAGAACCUGAGGCGAAAGUGGAACACAUCAAUACAACUGAAGUGACAAUAGUUGAAAUUCGUGAGGAAUUUCAAGACGAAAGUGACCCCGUUGAGCCAGCGGACCAGCAAUUGGGAGGUAAAGUAGACGAGAUCACAGAGGCUGAAGGUGCUGACAUGAAUGACCAGUCCACUGGCACGGCCACCGAAGGCGGGGAAAGCGCAAUUUCAAGCGCCACACCUGGCAAAGUCAACGACAUUGAUAAUAAAACACUUGGUGAGGAACCCGAGAACUCCGCCGACAAGGAGGCAGGAGCAGGGGACAAUGUAACAGGGCACCAAGAGUCACCUGCUGCCAAUAAGGGGUCCACUGAUAAGGAUGUCAAGCACAGCGGACCAUCACCCAGCCCUGGUAAUGCGAAGCAGGCCAAAGACAAGCAGCCUGAAUCAGUCACCAAAGAUGGGGAGUCGGUGAAAGAACCGGAGCCAAUAGAGGAGGAGAUAUGCGUGAAGAAAAUCAUCUCAAUGGAUACGGAUGACACUGAGCAGGACGGAACUGCAAAGGCACAGUCUGCUGAGGAAACGAUCGAAUCCUCAGUGCAUAUGGAAAUUACCGAAGUAACUACCGAAGAAGCUUAUACAGAGCUGGCAGCACAGAAGUCGCCUCUUGUUGAGGAACCGGAAGCAGCUGAAAGCGAAGGGACCGAAGAAAGCGAGAAAGAUGAUGGUAAAAAGUCAAAGAACGAAAGUUAUGCGAUAGAAGAAAUGGAAGUUGUCCACGAGAGGGUUGAAGAGAGUGUUACUGUUGAAAAGAAGGAUGAAGAUGAAGAAAAGAAGGAUGCUGAGGAAGACGAGGAGAAAGAAGCUGAAGAAGUUGAGGAAACCCCGAAGAGACGAACAUCAGCUCGUCGCUCCGCUGUAGCCUCGUCUGAAAAAAAGACUCCUGCACGCGCGAAAGCAACACCGGCCAAGAAAGCCACAUCCAAAAAACACGUCGACGAAGAAAAGGCUGAUGAUGAAGAGAAGCCUGAAGAAAUGGAAGAGUCGGAAGCAAAAACAGAUGAAGCUGAAGAGAAGGAAGAGGAAGUUAUCGGGACUAAGUCUUUGCGGUCGCGGACCCGUCGUUCAAAUGUUGCUGAGACACCGAAGGCUGACGAGCAAACGCCCAAAAGACGUGGGAAAGCAGCUAAGAGCGCCAAGAAGGAUGUUGCUGCUGAAGCGGAAGACGAAAGCGAGCAAGAUGCUGCUAAAGAAAAAGACAAAGCAGAAGACAAAGACGAGCAACCUUCUCGACCGUCGCUGCGGUCGCGAGCGUCGAAGACUCCAUCGAAGCCAGAGCCUCCAACCCCAAAGUCCACUGGUCGCAAAAGUCGCGCAGCAAAGAAAGAGGAAGAGAGUGUUGCUAAGAAGGAGGAUGAAGCGGAAAGCCGUACUGAACCAGAAACUCCUCGCAGAGGGAAAAAAGCUGCUCCUCCAUCGGCUGCAAAAACUCCUAAAUCAGCAAAAGCUGCUUCUGCAAAGAAAGCAAAGGCUGAAGGAGAACAUGAUCCGUAUGAUAUCGAUACGGAGAUGGAGAGGCAUCCCGAACCCCUCAAGAACAUCCAGAUGGAGGUACAAUCAUUCGAAUCACGUGUUGGUAAUCUAGCUGAGUUGGCGCCUCGUACGAAACAGCGGAAAUCACUAGCAGAUCUCACUCCUGGAAGGAAGAAGGCCAGCCCUACUGCUAGUGGAAGUCGUACCGCCCCACAUUCGUCUCGUGGUCGUAAAUCGAAAGCGGAAUCGGAUGAAGCAGAAAAGGAAGAAGAGGCGAUGGAAACUGAUGAGACGAAUGAAAAUCAGGCGACCGGCAAAAAAGUGAAAAAAGGCGCAGAAACGCCAAAAACCGGUGGUUCGGGAAGGAAACGACGUGCAUCCCCACAAGCCUCAGUGGUAACGAAACGUCCUCACAUUGAAGUUCCACAAUUGAGCGGUGAGGACCUUGUUGCUGUCGAUCUCCCACAAGACGAACACGCUGCAUGCGAAGCGGGAGCGCGCGUGUACGCGAUGUUCGACGGCAUAUUUUAUCCAGCAAUUGUAGUGAGCCGUGACGGUUUGGGUCGUUACAAGGUGAGUUUUGUUGAAGAUGGUGUAGUAAAGGACGUUCCAUUAGCUGGUGUGAUUCCCCUGCGAGCGCUUGAUCAAGACAAAGAGUGUUAUUAUGCGGAUUCAUCACAAAAAGAUCGUCUCGCUGUGAAAGUUGUCAAGGCCCCCGAUGGUAAACACGCUGCAGCGUGGGAGAAGGCAGAAUUUGAGCUGGAGCAACUCGAUGACGAAGGCAACUCUCUUGGGAAGAAACUCAAGGGCGUUUGGACAAACCUUGCGUUAUCGAAGGAAGACUGGCGCGAUUACAUAAAUAAGAAGUCACGUGAAGCUUCUGAUGUUAUAACAGAUAAUAUCGAAAGCACCGAAGACCGACACUUACGUCGAUCUAGGACUGCUCCAAGCCAGGAAGCUACACCGGGCGUCUCGAAAGCGACACCAAAAACACAGAAGAAAGCAGCAGCAGCACCAGCUACACCGAAGACGAAAACUCCCGCAAGGGGCGGUCGUGGUAGAAAGAAGACUGCAAGCACAUCGUCCGCAACUAAAGAAGAGGCCGAAGAAGACGCCAGCGAGAGUGCCCCGGAAACCAGUGAUGAACAAAUCUUUGCGGGAAAAUUGUUCAUACUCACGUCGGCAAAUCGUCCAAACAUCGACACUGGAUUCAAGAAGAAGUUCAUGACGGACUUCAUCUCAUCACACGGAGGAUUAGUUGUGGACGAUAUGAAGGAGGUCGACGAGCAUCCAGAGAUGGAACGAUUCCUCAUCUCUGAUACGCAUUACCGAACGCACAAGUAUCUUGCAGCUCUUGUUCGCGCCAUGCCCUGUGUAUCGCACGAGUGGAUUUACAAGUGCUUAGACGAGAAGAAACUUGUGGAUUAUAAGUCAUACUUACUUCCCUCCGGUGUGUCAAUCCUCGAUGAUCGUGAAUAUCCAUUGCCUAAACAACGAGGCGUACUCCUCCGAAAUAAGCGAGUUAUGGUACAUUCGAAUGUAGUACCACCAAGCAAGAAAUCCAUGUCCUUCGAGCAAAUCUGGGUCCCAAUGGUGCCGCAACUGGGCGGUGAAGUUGUUUCAGAAAUGCCUGAUGAAGAGGGAAAACUGGACAUCUUGCUUACCGAUCACUCUGCAACUCCAAGCUUGGUGGAGAAAGCGCGCAAAAUUGGUGCGGCAGUGGUUUCCUCGGAGUGGCUGAUUCAGGGAAUCAUAAUGGAUCGUCUUCCCGAUGUCAACGCUCAUCAGAAAUUCUUACACAAUGGUGGCGUUUGCACUUGAAUAUUCCUGUUAUUGUUUCUUUCUAUAUACGACAUAUACAUGCGGACCAGUGAUUCUGUAUUUGGGAUGGUUUCCGUUGCUUCUUAAACUCACCGGCAUACUUUUCCACAACUUGAAUUUGUGAAAACAUGGCUUGUUCGUUCAGCCGUUCUUGUAAAUUUCUUAGCAGGUUUCAUUUUCUUAUGUUGUACAGUACCGUAUCGAUUUUUCCGUGUAUAUGACAUCGGUAGCAUUAGAAGAUCGUAUUCCUUUUCAAGUAUUAUCAGUUCAAUACAUUUUGCGUGGAAAGAAUACAUAUGAUUGUGUUGUCGAUCUCUAAUAAAAUGCAACUCUGUAAA